AUGGCGCAGAAUCAGAUUGCGUUCGUUCCCGAACAGGUCGCGGUUGAUGUCUCGUCGAAGCAUCACCACGGCCUGGGUUUCUGGCCACCACCGUCAAGCGAUCCGAAGGAUCCGUUGCGCUGGCCGCGUUGGGUCAAGAUUCUCGCCCUGCUGUCAAUGGCUCUCUUCAACUUCGUCGCAAACUUUGCGGGAGCUGGCCUUUCCGUGGCAACCGUCUUACUGCAGGCCCAGUUUCAAAAAUCCGAGCAACAAGUAAAUGCUCUGUUGACGUUUAAUUUCCUCCUCCUCGGCGUCGGAAACAUGGUGUGGGUACCAUUGUCAGUCAAGUAUGGCAAGAGACCUGUUAUGAUCAUCUCAAUGGCCAUCGUGUUUGCAGUUCUUGUCUGGACAGCCAAGGCCAGGACUUUCACAGAACUCCUUGCUGCACGAUGCAUCUCCGGAUUCGCCUCGGCGGCGGGGGAGAGCAUUGUCCCGGGUGUAGUCUCUGACAUAUUCUUUCUCCACGAACGAGGAGCGAUGAUGUCCAUAUAUGUCAUACUUAUUUCCUCCGGGUCAGCUGUCGGUCCUCUCAUCGCUGGAUUCAUGAUUGAAAACACCCCUGAGACAUGGCGAGAUUUUGUCUGGCUGUGCGCAGCCCUCGCCGGAUUCAAUCUUCUCACCAUCUUCUUCUUGUAUCCUGAAUCCUCUUACAAUCGUCCACCAUUGCCAACCCCUCGCUCUCCCAGCCAAGAAGGCGCGCCGAGUAUAAAUAAAGAUGAGGGAGACGCCACCUGCGAAAAGCUUGAGGAUGCCUCCCAGCCGAUCCAUAUUACCUACAAUGAAGAUUGGGUCGUCAAAGUCUCCUAUCCUCGAGUUUGGAGGUCUUUCUUCCAGCCUAACCAUAGAGUUGACCUACUGAGGGCUUUUGCGGUGCCCUUUGUCUUCCUCCUCUCGGCUCCAGUCCUCUGGACAGUCUUUGUUUACGGAUGUUCCCUUGCGUCUCAGAUCAUAAUGAUUUUUGCUUUCCCGUCCGUCUUACUUGCUCCACCGUAUCUACUUCCCCCCAGCAGCGUUGGCCUUAUGCAAAUAGCUGCUAUCAUCGGCUUCACAAUUGCUUGCUACGGUGGAGGUUACAUCUGCGAUGUGAUCACGGCCCGUCUGAUCAUUCGAAACCACGGCAUCUUCUCGCCCGAAAAGCGACUGAUCUCCUUAGCACCGGGGUGUCUGAUUGCACCAGCGGGUUGCAUUCUUCUUGCGUUUGCUUGCCAGAAUCAGCUUCACUGGGCAGCUCUAGCUGUUGGAUUCGGUAUGGUUUCCUUUGGCACCGUGUACGCCCCAAAUAUCGCAAUGACGUACCUUCUUGAUUGCUAUCCUGCCUUUGCACAGGAGAUUCUAGUCGCUGUCAAUGUUAUCAAGAACCUUGUGGCAUUUAUGUUUCUUUACGUUGCUGUUAACUGGGUCAACUCUCAAGGCUGGAUCCAGGUCUACAUGAUUAUGUUCAUGGUGGUCGCGUUAUCGAUGCUGUUGGCGGUUCCCCUCUACUUUCUUGGCGCGAAAGCACGGAAGAGUUUUGAGGGGACCCUUGUCCGGAUCAUUAGCCCUCUGGAUGAUAUCAGUUCUUGA